UUCACAUAUAUAAAAUAUCUAUUAUUAAAUGUUUGUAUAAAAUAUUUUAAAUAUAAAUAGUAAUAAAUAUUUUUCAUAAAUAAUAUGUGCUUUCUGUAAAGCGUUUUAAUGUCAGCCUUGUAAUGCUAUUUCUCUAAAGAAAAAGAAUCAUCAAAUUUAAUCCUCUCAUUCUGCUGGAGAAAAUUACUAUUCUGCCGAAAAUCGAUUAUUGCUAGCCAAAAUGUUUAUUUUCUUUGUCUUCUUUCUUGAUAAGCCUUAUCAACUUAAAUUAUAUUAUGUUUUGGUCAUUAAUGACGUAAUUAAUGAUAAGAAACUCAUGACAAAUUGAUGUCAUUAUGUUUGCUGAGUUAGUGAAGCAAUAUAUGGGCAUUAUAUGUAAAAUUUACGCACAUUACCAUUUUAGAACUAUCGCUCUUAUUCAAUAUACUUGAUAAUUGGAUGAAAUACUCGUCAUAUUCUAUGCCAUCGUGUUAAAAUAUUUCGCUCGACAAGUUAAUCAAAACAACAGACAAAAUAUAAGACUUAUUGAAUGAAAAAGCUAUCAAAUUUAAUGAUUUUUAAAAAUUGUUCGAAAAAUACUGAUUCAAAAUUUGUAAUAUACAACAAAGGUCGGGUAUUUUAUGCGGAAUGCGGAACAAUUAAGUUUAAAUCGUAGUAUAUCUCGAGCUUAUCUUUGAUUAGCUGAUAUGAAAUAUCGCUAAAACACGUCACUUUCUAUUCACAUCCAAAAAUAAAAUUCCGUCGAAAUACGAACAACGUGAAAUUGAAUGAUUUGAAUUCAAGACAAAGGUUUAUUAUAAAAAAGAUGCACACAAAUUUUGGAUCUGUAAAGCAGACAUUCUAUAAAAAAGAUAAUUAUAGUUCUAGUAGCACUUUCCAUAGUUCUCGAGUUUUAUAUAAAAAUAAAAAUAGAAUUCUUCAAUCCUUAUAUGAAAAUAAUUAAAAUGAAAAAAAUGUGCUAAUUUUACGAAGUCAGCACGACACCUUCUCUCUAAGUACAAGAAAGCAAUAAAUAUGAUCGUUUUUAAUAUCAGUUACAAAUAGUACUGCUGGAGGUCUACCAUAUUAUAUGUAAUAACAAACAAAAAUUUUAAUAAUUUUCUUUUUUUUUGCACUUUUAAUAUUAAACGGCACUCGGACAAAAAGUGCCAUCUUCACAGAUCCCACAAAUUUAUCUUUAAUUAAAACGAUAAAAAUUAUUACGUCAUUAGCUUUAAUGAUAGAUGAGAUUAAUAAACCGUCCAGAUAAACAAGAGCCAAAAGAAACUCAAAUAAAUGAUCCUGAACUGAUUAAAGCCCAUGGUUACGUAGCUGAGACCCAUCAGAUUUGCACACAAGAUGAUUAUUAUUUAACCGUGCAUCGUGUGCUUUCAUCUAACGAUCGAGUACCAUUAAAUGCUGACAGCAUCAUAAAUACUGAUAUAACUGUUAUUGAAAAUAAAAGUAGUAAAGAUCGUAAUUCGUCAGUUUCUCCUGAUUGUCGAAUUUUGGAGACCCUCGGAUGCACAAGUUCAAGCUCUAAAUUACCAAUUAUUAUAAGCCAUGGAAUUCUAUCUAGUUCCGCAGAUUGGGUGCUCCUGGGGCCUCAAAAAGCUCUUCCAUAUAUUCUUUGCGAUAAUGGAUUUGAUGUUUGGCUCACGAACGCUCGUGGAAACACUUAUUCUAGAUCUCAUAAAUAUUAUUCGAUUAAGGAUAAAGAAUUUUGGAAUUUUAGUUGGCACGAGAUCGGAUAUUAUGAUUUACCAGCAACAAUAGAUUAUAUCUUAGAAAAAACUGGUUACUCCAAAUUGUAUUAUAUCGGUUACAGCCAGGGUACAACUGCGUUCUAUGUUAUGGGAAGCGAAAGACCUGAAUAUAAUGCUAAGAUUAAAGGAAUGAUAAGCUUAGCACCUACAGUAUUUAUGGGGAAUCAAAGAAGUCCAAUUUUCAAGAUUACUGCACCUAUUUGCAACGUACUUGUAAAAGGAUCUUAUAUUUGCAACAUAAACCAAUUUUUUCCUCGUAAUAAAUGGCAAAGUCUUGUAUUGAAGACCCUUGUAAACAAAGCACCUCGUCCUGUGACGAUGGGUUUCUGUUAUUGUUGGUUUUUUCUUAUUGCUGGAUUUAACAGCGAUCAACUCGAUAAAUCCAUGUUGCCUUUAAUAUUCGAACAUUCCCCGGCAGGUAGUUCAGUUAAACAAUUACAUCAUUUUAACCAGAUAAUAAAAACUGGAUCUUUUCAGAAAUUUGAUUAUGGCACUGAAGUAAACUUGACCUUUUAUGGAUCUAUACAAGCACCCAAAUAUACUCUUGAAAGGGUAAAAGUACCUGUGGCAAUUUUUUACAGUGAUAAUGACUUUCUCACUCAUCACACUGAUGUUCAAAAGCUAGUGGAUAAUUUACCAAAUGUUAUACAAACUGAAAAAAUAGAAAAAUUUAAUCAUAUCGAUUAUCUCUGGGGUCGCGAUGCAAAGACAAUCCUGUAUAACAGUAUCUUGGCUGUGUUGGAGAAAUUUUGAUACGUCGUGAUAAUAUUUUAUCAACAAACAAAUUAUCUUAUAUCAAUUUUAUCAUUUUAUCCAAUUAACAUCAACUCAGAAAUAUCGUUUAUUAUUAGAUUUUAUUCUAUGUAUGAAUACAAAAAUCAGUACAUCAUAUAUAGAAAAAUUAUAAAUGAUCUGCAAGAAUGAGGAUACUCUUUUUGUAAACAGUCUAUUUAUAUAUUUAAAUAAAAUAUUUAAAAAAGGCAUUUAGUAAUUCAUAAACUGUAUGCAAAAUGUAGGCGACUUAAAUUAUUUUUAUGUAAACUCUAAGAGUAAAAGGUGGAUCUUGUAGAUCUUUUGUAGAUAUAAAAUAAAAUAUAUGAAUUCAUA